AUGAAAGCUUUAUUACUAUUGUAUACUGUCAUUACAGUUGUUUUGGCGUUGCCUUCGCAAACUCCCUUUUCUUUGUCUCCAUUGCAACAAUUAAAAGAUGAACUUGCUGGUAAAGUUUCUCAGACACAGAUUCUUGAUAUGGAGAGAAUAUGGAUUAAUUAUCAACGGCAAAACGGUUUAGAAACUAUUUUGAAAGAAUUUAACCAAUUCAAGUCACAAUUUCAGUAUUCAUUAGCCUCCCAGGAUAAAUCUGAAUCAACUUACAGUAUUGAAGUAUCCAAGGCAUCCCCUGAAUUGUUAGGGUUUGACACGGUUAAACAAUAUACUGGUUAUUUCAAUGUCAAUGAUAAAGAUAAAAACUACUUUUUCUGGUUUUUUGAAAGUAGAAAUGACCCCAAAAAUGAUCCUUUAGUUAUUUGGCUUAAUGGUGGUCCUGGAUGUUCCAGUUUAUGUGGAUUGGCAUUAGAGUUGGGUCCAUCAAUUAUAAAUGCCACUUUACAGCCUGAGUAUAACCCACAUGCCUGGAAUUCUAAUGCUUCUGUUUUGUUUUUAGAUCAACCAGCAAAUGUCGGGUUUUCAUAUGGUGGUAACAUUCCUAUCACCUCCGACCAAGCUUCACAGGACUUUGUUGAAUUUAUCAAAUUGUUUUAUGAAAGAUUUCCCGAGUAUGUCGAUUUGGACUUGCAUAUUUCGGGUGAGUCAUACGCUGGCCAUUAUGUUCCUAGUUUCGCUAAUGCUGUUCAUAAAGCUGAUAUUCCAUUAAACUCAAUAUUGAUUGGUAACGGUGUGACUGAUCCAGUAGUACAAUUGGGUGAAAAGAGUAAUAUGGGAUGUGGUCAAGGUGGAAUUGGAAAGAUUUACACAGACAAGGAAUGUACAGAAUACCCUGAGAAAUACGAGAAAUUUGUACCUUAUGGAGAAUUAUGUUACAAGAACCCAAAUGCUUUAACUUGUUUUAUUGCUGCAUUGGCCUCUCCAAAAACUCCAGACACAGGUGAUUUGAAUCCUUAUGAUUCACGUGUCAAAUGUGGUAACAACUCAUUGUGUUAUGAUCAAAUAGAUUAUCUUAACGACUACUUUAACUUACAAUCGGUUCAAGAAGCUUUAGGGGUUGAAAAGACUUACACAAUGUGUUCCUCUAAUGUUGGAUCCAGAUUUGUUUCUGAUUUUAUGAGGCCAUAUCAUACUUAUGUUGCUGAUUUGUUAGAUGAUGGUAUUCCAGUUUUGAUAUAUGUUGGUGAUAAAGAUUUAGUAUGUGAUUGGUUGGGAAACUUGGCUUGGGUCAAUAAAUUGAAUUAUACCGGACAUGAUCAAUUUGAAAAAACUGAGUUUAAACCCUGGUACACCGCUGAUGGCAAGUUGGCUGGUGAAGUGAAAAAUCAUGACCACUUUACUUAUUUACGUAUUUAUGAAUCUGGUCAUAUGGUACCUAUGGACCAGCCUGAGAAUUCCUUAGACAUGGUAAAUAGAUGGGUUCGUGGUGAUUUUAAAUUUUAA